CAAAGCUCAUUCCCCCAAGCAGUCCUUCCUUUCCUUCCACUUCUCUCCGCCAUCAACGCGAAACGUGUACUCUCUACUCUCUACUCCACAAAUUUUUGCUCUUCUUUUCAACGCCUCACCUGCACUAAUUAAAAGACAAAAAAAAAAAAAAAAAAAAAAAAAAAACAGAAAAAAAAAAAAAAAAAAAAAAAAAACGACGAUGAGAGGAUGAAUACGACGCCGUCUCAGCAAAAUCCUCUGCCGCAGCAGCAACCGCCGACGAUCAGAAAGCUAAUCGUCGAAGUCAUCGAAGCCAAAGACCUUCUCCCCAAGGAUGGCCAGGGCAGCGCCAGCGCCUACGUCGUUGCCGACUUCGACGGCCAGCGCCGCCGCACCUGCACCAAGUUCCGCGACCUCAACCCCGUCUGGAACGAGGCCCUCGACUUCCUCGUCUCCGAUCCCGACAACAUGGACUUUGAGGAGCUCGAGAUCGAGGUUUAUAAUGACAAGAGAUACUGCAACGCCACCGGGACGGCGAAGAAGAACCAUUUCCUCGGGAGAGUCAAGCUCUACGGUACGCAGUUCGCGAGGCGUGGGAAUGAGGGUUUGGUCUACUUCCCCUUGGAGAAGAAGAGCGUUUUCAGCUGGAUUAGAGGUGAGAUUGGGCUGAGGAUUUAUUACUUUGAUGAGAUUGUUGAGGAGGCUCCGCCGCAACAGCAGCAGCAGCCUCCGCCGGAGGAUGUUCCGCCGGAGAAGCCAAAGUCGCCGCCGCGGGUUAUGAUUGUUGAGGAAGGUGGUAGAAUUUUCGAGGUUCCUGCGCCGAUUGAAGGUCACCCUCAUCCGAUACCGGAGGUUGUUCACUCGGUUCCGCCUGUUGUGGUGAUCGAGGAGUCGCCGCCGAAUGUGGUGCAUUAUCAUGCGGAGCCGACACCGGUGCCGGAGAUGGCCGGUCCGCCGACGGAGGCUGUGCAUAAUUUUCCGGUUCCGGAGGUGAGGAAGAUGGAGACUCGGAGGGCUGUGGGAGGCGAGAGAGUGAGGAUAUUGAGAAAACCUAACGGUGAGUACUCUCCGAAGGUGAUUUCUGGAAAGUUCGCAGGCGAAACGACGACGGAGAGGAUUCAUCCGUAUGAUCUUGUCGAGCCGAUGCAGUACUUGUUUAUCAGGAUCGUAAAGGCUCGCAGCCUCGCGCCCAGCGAGAGCCCGUACGUGAAGUUACGAACGUCGAACCACUUUGUGAAAUCAAAGCCGGCGAUUCACCGUCCUGGAGAACCGCCGGACUCGCUGGAAUGGUACCAGGUCUUCGCGUUGGGCCACAACAGGCCUGAAUCCAAUAGCGCGACGUUAGAGAUCUCCGUUUGGGACUUACCUACCGAGCAGUUCCUCGGCGGCGUUUGCUUCGAUCUCUCCGAUGUUCCGGUUCGCGAUCCACCGGACAGUCCUUUGGCUCCUCAGUGGUACAGACUCGAAGGAGGUGAGGGAGGUCAAAAUUCCGGUAGAAUCUCCGGCGAAAUUCAGCUCUCUAUUUGGAUCGGAACUCAAGCAGACGAUGCUUUCCCCGAGGCGUGGAGCUCCGACGCGCCAUUCGUGUCGCACACGCGCUCAAAGGUUUACCAAUCUCCGAAGCUCUGGUAUCUCAGAGUUACAGUCAUGGAAGCUCAAGACCUCCACAUCGCUCCCAAUCUGCCGCCGCUAACGGCGCCAGAGAUUCGAGUCAAGGCGCAGCUUGGAUUCCAGUCGUUGAGGACGAGACGAGGAUCGAUGAAAAACCACAGCGCGUCGUUCCAUUGGAACGAGGACAUCAUCUUCGUCGCCGGUGAGCCAUUGGAGGACUCGCUCAUCAUCCUCGUUGAGGACCGCACGACCAAGGACGCAAUGCUGCUCGGCCACAUCCUAGUUCCGGUGAGCUCGAUCGAGCAGCGGUUCGAUGAGCGCUACGUGGCGUCGAAGUGGUUCGCAUUGGAGGGCGGAGGUGGCGGAGGAGAAGGAGGUUGUGGGGGUCCACCAUGCAGCGGUGGGGCCUACUGUGGGAGAAUCCAUCUGCGGCUGUGCUUGGAGGGCGGGUAUCACGUGCUAGACGAGGCGGCGCACGUGUGCAGCGAUUUUCGGCCGACGGCGAAGCAGCUGUGGAAGCCGGCUAUUGGGAUUUUGGAGCUUGGGAUUCUCGGCGCUCGCGGGCUUCUCCCGAUGAAGACCAAGAGUGGAGGUAAGGGGUCCACCGAUGCUUACUGUGUUGCCAAGUAUGGGAAAAAGUGGGUCCGGACAAGGACAAUCACUGACAGCUUUGAUCCACGCUGGAACGAGCAGUACACGUGGCAGGUCUACGACCCGUGUACAGUGCUGACCGUCGGAGUUUUUGAUAAUUGGCGGAUGUUUGCUGACGCAUCAGACGGGGAGAAGCCCGACUACCGUAUAGGGAAGAUGCGCAUACGCGUAUCUACGCUGGAGAGCAACAAGGUGUAUACGAAUUCGUAUCCGUUGUUGGUUUUGCAUCGGACAGGGUUGAAGAAAAUGGGGGAAAUCGAGGUGGCGGUUCGAUUCGCCUGCCCGUCGUUGUUGCCCGAGACGUGCGCGGCUUACGGGCAGCCAUUACUCCCUAAAAUGCACUAUCUCCGCCCUCUCGGGGUGGCUCAGCAGGAGGCUUUGCGUGGGGCAGCGACGAGAAUGGUUGCCGCGUGGUUGGGUCGGUCCGAGCCACCACUAGGGCCCGAGGUGGUUCGGUACAUGUUGGAUGCUGACUCGCACACGUGGAGCAUGCGGAAGAGCAAGGCUAAUUGGUUCCGGAUCGUGGCCGUGCUCGCGUGGCUAGUCGGGUUGGCGAAAUGGUUGGAUGGUAUCCGGAGGUGGAGGAACCCCAUUACCACGGUAUUGGUCCACAUCUUAUAUUUAGUGCUUGUUUGGUACCCGGAUUUGAUUGUCCCAACCGGGUUUUUAUAUGUGUUCCUAAUCGGUGUAUGGUACUAUCGGUUUCGGCCCAAGAUACCAGCCGGUAUGGAUACCCGACUCUCACAAGCUGAAGCGGUUGACCCGGAUGAGCUUGAUGAGGAAUUCGACACCAUACCGAGCUCAAAACCGCCCGACAUAAUCAGGGUCCGGUAUGACCGGUUGCGGAUAUUGGCAGCCCGGGUUCAAACGGUAUUGGGUGAUUUUGCAACACAGGGGGAGCGGGUUCAGGCCUUGGUUAGCUGGAGGGACCCAAGGGCCACAAAAUUGUUCAUAGGCGUGUGCUUGGCCAUAACAAUAAUUCUCUAUGUGGUGCCACCCAAAAUGGUUGCCGUGGCACUUGGAUUCUACUAUUUACGACACCCCAUGUUCCGAGACCCCAUGCCUCCUGCAAGCUUGAAUUUCUUCAGAAGGCUUCCAAGCCUUUCAGACCGCUUAAUGUAGAUUAGAAUAGUAUAUGAUCAUUAGUAGCCCAAAAAAAAAAAAUUAAAAAAACAGAUUUUUUGUUUAGAUGCAAAAUUUGUGGAGAUCAAGAGGGGAAAAAAGUGGUAAAGAGUUGAAAAAAUGUGGGUCCUUAAAUAAGGUUUUGCUGUGGAGUGAAAAGGGGGAGAAAGUGGCAAGUUGUCAUCAUGUUCUUUAUUCAUCUUUUUUGCGUUUGAAAUAUUGAUUGACUAACUAUUGAGAACUUGAAAUAAGAAAAAGAGAGAGGAGGCAGAAAACAGUUUAGGUGGGGAGAGCAGAUUGGAAUGCUCUUCAAAAGGAGAUCUGAAAAUGGCAGUGAGAGUUUUGCUGUAAUCAUGUCCCGGAAAGUAUCAACACUUGGUUUCUUGUCAUGAUAUAUAAUAAUCCAUAUGACAUAUUUAUCUU